AUGUCAAUUUAUUCGAAUUGUUCAAUGGGAUCAGACUCGGAGAGGGUUCAGCCAUCUGGCACCCAUAAGAUUCACUACAACGCUCUAAGCGACUAUGAUUUUAUGCUCAAGACAUCAAAGCCCAUCGAUAUCUCUCUGGCGCUACCACACUAUCGUGCGCGCAAUCAGCCAGUAGACCAUCGUUUGGCCAUGUUUAUCAGUACCGAGACGUCACCGAUCAAGCUUAAAGUUUGCCGUGCCAUACCUCGUUGCAAGUUUUUCCUUGAUAUCCGAACCACCGCUUCCAACGUGACCGUUUGGUUGCCCUCGGAUUUUCGAGGUCACAUUCGUUGCUCGGGCACACCAUCUUUCUCAGCUGGUUUCGUCAACCGCAUGAUUGCAAAUGUCCGCGUGAAUGAAGCAAUGUCAAUGGAUGACAAUUGGGAUGGUGACGAAGUAUGGGUCGAUACCCGUGGCCUGGUGACGUUCAGGAUGUGGGAUGUUCACACAAACGCUCCAGAAAGCCAGCCCAAAGAAACUUUGAAACGCAUUUUUGGUUCGACUUCUAAGAAAUUACCGGAGAGAAAUUUUAAUUGGGAUUUUCUUCUUGAGGAUUGA